AUGAUGAUGCUCCGAAGUCAAGCGAAAAACGUGGAUCCACCGGCCGAUGGACGCCAACACCAAAAACGAAAACAAGCGGAGCAACUUGAUGCGCUGAAAAAUCCACUGGAACCCGUGGCCAAGAAGCAGCUGAGCAAGGGACUAACGGAACUUCGCGGACACCUCUCCGGCUUCAAAAUAGACUCGGCGAAGCGCGAACAGCAAGGAGGCAAGAAGAAUCCAUCGAACAACGAUGACUCAGAGAACAUUGCCCCCGGCAAGGCUCCCUACGUAGAUCCAUGCCCCCACUACGACUAUGACCAAGAGGAAGCUCACAACCCUGACAGUGUCUCUGAGUACGCCCCGGAGAUCUUCGACUACUACAAAGCUCGUGAGAUUCAAUUCCAAGUGCUGCCAUACCUUGCUCGUCACCCAGAGAUCGAUGUCAAGACGCGUGCGAUUCUCAUCGACUGGAUGGUUGAGAUUCAGGAGACGUUCGAGCUGAACCACGAGACGCUUUACAACGCUGUCAAGCUCACCGAUAUCUUCUUGCACAACUCCAAGAACGUUGACAAGAACACCAUCCAGAAGCUCGCCUGCGUGACGAUCUUCAUCGCCGCCAAGUACGACGAACGCUCGCCACCCCUUGUCGACGACCUCAUCUACCUCUCCGGAGACCGUUUUACUCGCGAGGAGCUUCUUGCCAUGGAGCGUUCCCUCUUCUCGACCGUCGGAUACGAUCUUGGAUCCCCACUCUCCUACCGCUACCUUCGCCGCUUGGGACGCGUGUGCCGUGUCGAUAUGCGAUCGUUGACGAUGGCUCGCUACAUUCUCGAGACAUCGUUGAUGGUCUACGACUACGCCUUCAUCUCCCAGGCUCGUCAAGCCGCCGCUGCCUUUGUUUUGGCUAUGCGCAUGAUGGCUAAGGAUCACAGGUAUGAGUGGAAUCCAGUGCUGGAGAAGUAUUCGGGAUUCACUGGUGAGGAGAUCUAUCCACUCGUGGAGCACAUGAAUCACAUCAUGCACUUCGUCACUGCCAAGUGGACUCAACUCGCCAGCGUUCGUCAGAAGUACUCUCAUGAAGUCUUCUUCCACGUCGCCGAGAUUCCAUUCCUUCCGGAUACGCUGAAGGCCGUCAACGCCCACACAUACGCGCCAGUUCCAGUCUUCUCCUACCCAUAA